AUGGCAUUGUAUGCAUUUUGUCUUCUGCUCUUUGCACUUCACCUUCCAUUCCACAGUUACGCUCAAGGCAGAGGGACUAUUCCUCUUGGCAGCACUCUUACUGCAACUAAUGGUACCUACCCAUGGCACUCACUUUCUGGCGAUUUUGCAUUUGGAUUCCAACAACUUCAACCCACAAAUCAUUUCUUGCUUUGCAUUUGGUACGCCAAGAUCAUUGAGCCCACCAUUGUUUGGCAUGCAAACACCACUUCUCCGGUGCCACCCGGAUCAACAUUGCAGCUAAGCGCUCAACUCGGGCUGGAUCUCCGCAGCCCUCAAGGCGAAAGGCUAUGGAUCACUAAUGGCAUUGUGGAUAAAGUUCUCUAUGCUUACCUGAGCGAUGAAGGAAACUUUGUCCUUGCCAGCAGCAAUUCAACCAUGUUGUGGGAUAGCUUUGGGGAUCCAACAGACACUUUAUUGCCUACCCAGAUCUUGGAGAUUGGUAGCAUGCUUAUCUCUAGAGCCUCUGGUGGGAAUUUCUCUCAAGGGAGGUUCUAUCUUCGGAUGCUUGACGAUGGGAAUUUGGUACUUUCAACCAAAAGUGUUCCUGCAAAUACAGACUAUGAUGAUGACUACUUUACCAGUCUCACCUCUGAUCCUGCAAAUGAAUCAAAUUCCGGGUUUCGAGUGAUAUUUGAUGAUAAGGGGUCACUGUAUGUUCUGAAGAGAAACAACGAAACAGCACAGCUUUCGCCACCCUCGAUCCCCUCGGCUUCAGAGAAUUAUCUUAGAGUGACUCUUGACUUUGAUGGAGUGCUCACUCUUUAUAGGUAUCCCAGGAAUUCUUCUGGGAGCCAAACCUGGACAUCUCUUUGGUCUGUGCCGGAUAAUAUUUGUAUCGAAAUUGAUGGGUUUUUAGGCACUGGAGCUUGUGGGCUGAACAGUGUCUGCUCACUUGAUGCUUACAAGAGACCAUCUUGUCAAUGCCCACAAGGAUAUUCGCUGCUCGAUCCAAGUGAUAAGUAUGGUAGCUGCAAGCCAAAUUUUGUCCAGACUUGUGAGGGUUCACCCGAAAAUCUCUAUAGCUUUGUUGAGCUACCUGAUGUGGAUUGGCCAAAAUCUGAUUUCGAAGCGAUUAGUCCUUCCACUAAAGAAGACUGUCAAAAGGCUUGUUUGAAUGAUUGUUUCUGUGGUUGUGCUAUUUACAGAAACAUUACUUGCUGGAAAAAGAAGCUACCGCUCUCGAAUGGGCGAGUGGACACCAGUCUGGGUACAACAGUUUACCUCAAAGUAAGCAAGGGUGAUAAUAAUAUUCCUCCUCCUAAUCCAAAUGCCUCAAACAAUGAAAUCCCAGAAAGGCAAAAACAUCAGAUAUCUUUGAUUGCCCUCUUGGCUAGUUCCUUGUCUGCCAAUUUUCUAUUCAUUAUUGUAGGCUUCUUGGGAUUCUUCUUUGUUUACAGGAAGAAAAUGAAGACGUUUCUCUCGAAUAAUCAUUCCGGAGAAUCAAAUUUGCUUAGUUUCUCAUACAAAGAGCUGGAAGAAGCCACAGAAGGGUUCAAUCAAGAACUUGGUAGGGGUUCUUUUGGCAUUGUGUACAAAGGGUCAGUUCAAAUGGAUUCUAAGGCCAUUAUUGUUGCUGUGAAGAAAUUGGAUAGUGUAGUUCAUGAUGCAGAUAAAGAGUUCCAGACUGAGGUAGCUGCGAUUGGCCUAACGCAUCACAAAAAUUUAGUCCGUCUUCUCGGGUUUUGUAACGAGGGGAAACAUAGGCUCUUAGUUUAUGAGUUCAUGUGCAAUGGCAAUCUUGCAGAAUUCCUUUUCAAUGAUCUAAAGCCUAGUUGGAGCCAGAGGAUCAAAAUCGCCCUAGGGGUCGCUAGGGGCCUCGCUUACCUGCACGAAGAAUGUCCCACUCAGAUCAUUCAUUGCGAUAUAAAGCCUCAGAACAUACUUCUUGACGAUUGCUACAGUGCCCGGAUUUCAGAUUUCGGGUUGGCAAAACUUCUGAAGAUGAACCAGAGCCGAACGAACACCAACAUUAGGGGGACGAAAGGCUACGUUGCUCCCGAAUGGUUCAGGAACAGUCAAGUCACGGUGAAAGUAGAUGUUUACAGCUUCGGGGUGUUGUUAAUGGAACUUGUAUCGUGCCGGAGGAGCCUGGAGGAACCUGAAAAAUGUGGAGCAGAAAAAGCUGUUCUUACUGAGUGGGUUACAGAUUGCUUUGAAGAUAGAAGAUUGGAUUUAUUAGUGGGGAAUGAUGCAGAGGCCUUGAAUGAUAUGAAGGUGGUGGAAAGGUUUGUAAUGGUAGCAAUUUGGUGCAUUCAAGAAGAGACAGGCUUGAGGCCAACAAUGAGGAGUGUCACACAAAUGCUUGAAGGAGUUGCUCAAGUUCAUAAACCCCCAUACCCAUACAAAUGA